AUGUCCGAGACCAACGGAAACUGUCCAGCUUCUCCUCCAGCCUGCUCAGAUAGCCAUAGAAUCCCAAAGAAACCGAUCAAGCCGCCUACGAUAACACCCAGACGGUUCAAGAAAUUCUUUACUCCGACACAGACCUCCCGAAUUGAACGAAAUGUACGCACAUCUCGGAGAGCCUUGCAAGAUAUAACGAACCCUCCCGGCAAACCAAAGCAUUCACCCCAACUCUCGAGGCUAAUUGGUCAUGGUGACGAGCUUGAAAACAGUCCUCCUCUGCUGAAAGAGGCUCGAGGGAGUAAGAGAAAGUUAUCUUUUGCUUCAGUCGAAUCGCCUCUGCUGUCAUCACCAUUGAAGCCUGACCCGUUUUUCAUCACAUCCAGCCAAGACAAUCAUGAAGGCAGUAUAUGCAAUCGAGAAGACUCCGCAGGCCUAUCUACCUUUCACCAGGAAUCUGGUCAAGAAAGUGUGGUCGCAGAUGAAGAUAGAAGGGCGACCGUUUACCACGGAAGGCCUGCUGUGCGACCAUUCCAUCGCCUAAGCACAAGCAGCAAUAUCUUGUCAAGCCGGUUGUCAGGACAGACCAGGCGGAAAGAGCCACAGAGCAGCAGGAUAUGGCAGUAUGAAACCGCUUCGUUCUAUAGCAAUGCCAACGACACCUACUUUUGUGGUAGCCAGGCGCAUGGACACCCAGCGCUGCCCUUUUCUUCCGCCAGCUGCAACACAAAUUCUCUAGUCGCAAUUGGGGACGAAGAGGGAGGCAUCCGACUGCUUGACGCUGCUUCAAGCAUAGUGGAUGGCUUUUCAAAAGCAUAUCUGAGCUUCAAACCACAUGACAACGCCAUUAUGGAUCUUAGCUUUUCGGACGACGACAGAUUACUAGUCACUGGCUCUGGAGAUCAGACUUGUCGGGUCAUUGACAUGCUUACUCAGGAGACUAUCCACACUCUUUCGGGUCACUCUUCGUCAAUUAAAAGAGUUCUUUUCCAGCCAGAGUCAAACAACAGUAUUGUAGCGUCGUGUAGUCGAGAUGGCAACGUAAACAUCUGGGAUUUACGAGCACGAAGCUUUGACCGGCCCGCACAGCAGCCAUGUCGUUCAUCAAUGGCGGGCAUUGAAGAUCAUGCCACGAAACUCAACAUGCCGGCUGUACCGCUUCGGGACAGGAUUCGCGCAGCACAUUCUGACCGAGAUUAUUCUCGCAAGGCCGCUGCUCUAAAGCCGAAGUCUACCCAUGGGCGUGGAGAAGCUUCGGUGACCUCAUUGUUGUUUCUCGGGGCUGGACGGGAGCACUUACUAGCAACGUCAUCCGAAGCUGAUGCGACAGUGAAGCUGUGGGACAUGCGGACUACUUACGACACUCGGCGAGCCCGACCACUUCCUCUCUCGACCACCCGACAGCCAGACAGCCACGAGAUGCAUCGACACUUUGGCCUCACAUCCAUGGCGCUAAGUACCGAUGGUGCUCGUCUGUACACUCUUUGCAGAGACCACACGAUAUAUGCCUAUUCCGCCUCACAUCUCAUCCUCGGCAAUGCUCCAGAAUUGACCACCACGUCCUUACGCCCCCGGCGAGCCGGCGGGUGUGAGCGCGAGGGACUAGGUCCAAUGUAUGGCUUCCGCCACCAACAGCUCCAAGUGAGUACGUUCUACGUCAAAUUGUCUGUCAGAAAGCAGAAAGACGACAAGACCGAGUUGCUGGCUGCGGGCAGUGGCAAUGAUUGCGCUGUUCUUUUCCCUACCAACGAGCGAUAUCUUGGGUGCAAGCCUUCAGCACGAACAACACUCGAUGGACGACGUCCGUUGCUCCGACGUUCCAGAUCUAGCUCUGACGUUGCACUAUCUUCCGAUGAUAACAUUCCAAUCUAUCAACAUGGCACUGCACUGGUAAGAGGGCAUCAGAAAGAGGUGACGACUGUCGCGUGGGCGAGUGAUGGACAGUUAGUGACAGUGAGUGAUGAUUUCCAUGUUCGCUGUUGGCGAGAAGGCGAUGAAGCAAGAGAUCUGCGGAUAAGUGGGGAAGGUCAGGGGAAGAGAUGGAUGUGUGGUUGGGCUGACGUCGAUGGACCAUCAUACGACGAUGACGACGACGUUGAAUGA